UCCUCAGGUGGACGUUUUCUUUCCCAAACUUCCAAGUGAAGUUACAAUCGUUUUUCUUUCCUCAGUGCCGUUCAACUCUUAGCUUUACUUCUCGUCUUCUUCUUCUGAGUGAUGGGUGUGAGCUACCCCUUCUGUGACACUUCUGAUAUUACUGUGAUCCUUAUCACAAGCUUCUUUCGCCAUAAGCCGUAGAGACCAAAGUGUUUGAAGAUAUGAUUGUUUGAGCUGUCUCAGGAAUUCGUAUUCAGAAGGAUUGCUGGUUUGAUAUGGCGGGUCCGCGACCAUAUGGCGGUUCCAAUAACAUGACCGUUAUGUUUCAAAACGAAGGGAUUCCUUGCUCCGCAAAGUCUCUCGAUGCUCUCUUGAUUUCUUCCUCUUCUCCCUCUUUCCGUGGUUCGAGUGCCAUGGUAAAUUUUGAAGAUGUUGGUGGAGGAAACCAACGAGACAAGUCUUUCUUCCGUUCAUUUGAGCAGGAAGAUAAUGGUGACGAGGACUUGGAUGAAUGCUUUCAUCAACCUGAAAAGAAGAGACGGCUUACAGCUGACCAAGUCCAGUUUCUUGAGAAAAGCUUCGAGGUGGAGAAUAAGCUUGAACCAGAAAGGAAAAUCCAGCUUGCAAGAGACCUUGGAUUACAGCCUCGACAAGUUGCCAUAUGGUUUCAAAACCGGCGAGCUCGGUGGAAGACAAAGCAGUUGGAGAAAGAUUAUGAAGCUCUUAAAGCUAGCUACAAUAGCCUCAAGGCUGACUAUGACAAUCUGCUCAAGGAGAAUGACAAAUUGAAAACUGAGGUUCUUUUCCUUACAGACAAGCUGCUGCUCAAAGAGAGAGAGCUUGGAAACACAGAACCCUCAGAUCAGAAGGAACUGUCUGGUACACCAACCCAGAAUUCCAUUUCUAAUCCAGCACCAGGGGAGAAAACGUCUAGUGUUACGGUUGUGUGUAAACAGGAAGAUAUCAGUUCAGCCAACAGUGAUGUCUUUGAUUCAGACAGCCCACAUUAUACUGAUGCAGGCCACUCUUCUCUUUUGGAGCCCGCGGAUUCUUCUCAUGUCAUCGAACCAGACCAGUCAGAUCUCUCUCAGGAUGAAGAAGAUAACUUGAGCAAGAGCCUAUUUCCUUCUGCUUACAAUUUCUACAAUUUCCCAAAGCUUGAAGAUGGCCUUUGCUUGGACCCACCUGCAAAUUCUUGUAACUACGUAUUCCCAGUGGAGGAUCAGGCCUUUUGGAUCUGGUCUUAGUGAGUAAUUACUGCUAUAUAUGCAUCUGUCAUUCUCUCCUUUCUGUCAA